AUGAGCAAUAAAGCUUAAUGGCAUUUAGAUGCUGAUGGAGGAUAUAUCCCUUUGAUGGAACUUUAAGAUGGUACUAUGAUUCAUGAAUCAAGGGUGCUUAUGGAAUUAGCUAAUGAUUUGGGAAAUUCUUAGAAUAAGGAACAAUCUUCAACACAUCUAUACUCCAAAAACUCGAUUGAAGCUGCCAAAUAGAGAUUCAUUAUUGAAUUUGCUAGCAUCUAUGAAAAAGAUCUUAUAGCAUUUCUAUCAUCUAAGGGAUAAAGAGAGUCUUUUAAUAGUCAUUUUAGCCAAAUUAUAGUGGAACUUGAGGAAUUAUUGGUUGAGAAUAAACAUGCAAAUCAGAAUUGGAUUCUAGGCUCCUAACAUCCAUCAAUGGCUGAUAUCUAUCUUUUGCCUUAUUUUGAGCGCAUUGUCUUUCUCAAGGACUCACCCUGGGAAGAUACAUACUAUAAACUUGACAUUGAAUAACAUGCUCCAAAAAUAAUAGAAUAUGUAUAGAAAUUUAGAUAAUUAGAUUAAUUUAAGAAGCAUCUUCUCUAGCCAAAAGCAUACUCAAAGCAUUUACAAAGAAUUAGAGAGAAUUAGUCAGAUAAAAAAACAUAAUCAAAUCUGAAUUCAAUCUCGAACAGAGGUUCACUGUUGGAUAACCCAGGGCGAGUUCGAAUGAAUAGUCAGCUUAAUGUAUCUACAUUCAAACAGCAGAAUCUUUCAUUUCAAAAUCAGCAUUAAGCCUUAGCACAGAAACAUGUUUAAUUUUCAAGACGAUAGAGUAAAAAAUAACAAACUAGAAAAAUUCUAAAAUCAAAGUAAUCAUAAGAAACGGUAAAAACUACAACAUUAUCGGAUUUAAAGGAUUAAUUAAAAUAGUAACCAAUAAAUUCUAACCCUAAUCAACCAAGGAUGUUUGAAAUCUUCGAUCAGAUCUAUCAUUUUAACAUCGAGUAAAAAGAGGGUGAGCUGUAAUAAAUAAAGUAACGUCAAAUUAAACAGCUAAAUGGCAAAAUUGGUUAAUACAAAUCUAUCAAUUAGAAAAUGAAUUGGAGUGUUACUGAUCCACUCCUUUAUGAGUUAGCGGUUUAGAGAAUGUCGGAAAUUGAAAACUAGGUAUAUAAUCAGUUUAGAUAGGAUAAGAAGGAUGAACAGGCAAAUAGAGUAGCAAAACUUACAAAUUAAGCACUAUAAUUAGAUUAACAGAGAUAACAGCAGGAGAUACUCAAGGGCAAUUAUUAUCUCAACAUAAGUGAUAAGCUUGACCUUAAGCAGAAGAUUUAAAAAUUUGCAUAAGAGCCAGUAGCUUUUUUCUUGCAUAAAAAAGGUGAUUUCCUAUAAAGACUUCUAAAUAAGCAAAAGUAUUUUGAAAAUCUUAGCCAGGUUUAGUAUGAAAAUAUACUCAGGAAUCUCGCUGAAGGAAGGCCAAUAAGAAGAAAUAUUAUAAAUUUAAAAGCAAGCUCUUAAUAGAAAAGCAAGGAUGGCAAUAAUCAAAGAAGUUUUGAUGAAAAUAUGACUGAUUCUAAAUCAUAUUAAUUUACAGACUCAGAUGAGAAUUAUGAAUAGGAGGAUACAUAUAGAUAUGAUCAAUUUAGUGUGCAAAAUAAGUAUAAAGAUAAUAGAUUUUAAGAAAGAGAAUUAGAAGUAGAGGUUAAAGAUAAACAAAAAGUAACUCAAGCUCUAAGCAAAGAUGAAUAUAGGAAUUUACUUCAAAAAGCGAUCGAUCGUCUUGAUUAAGAGAUCAAAGAAGAUAUACUUAGAAAAAGGAAAUCUUUCUUGUUAAGAAGGAGAAACUCAAUCAGCAAAGUCAUCAAAAUGGCCAAUUAAACUUGA